GUCAUGAUCGAAGCGGUCCAGCAUUGAAGCAAUAGUCUUGUGACUGUCAUUCAUGAUUGAUCGUGUAGGGUCUGCUUUGAGUGACACAACAAUCAAGAAGGCCGUAUUUACGCCUUAACUCUUGUUUAUAACCUUACACUGUGUUAAACAUAUUUUCUAUUUCAUUAUUGAAUUACGGUACAAUUUUUAUUUUACAGGACUUUCACGUUGGUUUAUACAAUCCUACAUUUAACAAUAUGCUGUAUCGUACUUAUUAGUUGAUUAAUAAUAAGAAAGUUAACCAAUGUUGUUUCACGCCGUUCUAAAGUUUCUAUUAUACUCUGUAGAAACUACUUAAAACUUUUUGAUAUAAAAAUAUAAAUUAUACAUAUUAAUAUUUAUUUUAUGUUUUGGAAAGUUAGAAUCUAUUUAAAAAAUACUUUUUUUUAAAGAGCUGGUAUUCUAACAUUUGAACAGACCACGCGGCAAUUAACAAUUUCUUACCAAAAUCAUGGUGUUUCUUUCUACAUAGAAUUCACUAAAUAAGAAUUAAAUUUUAUUUUUUACUGAGUAUUUUAGGUUCAAUUUAGAAAAAUUCAGUCAAGUAUGGAAAACGACAGCAAUGUUAGUCCUGACUCUCAAGACACAAAUAAUGCAAAAGAAGUGAAUACUGACCUAGACCCUUUUGCUUAUGUUGUCAAUAAUGGUUUUACAUCUGAAAUAUUUAAGAUAGAAGUUAGAGGAUUGCCAAAAUAUUAUGGAAUAGGGGAGUUUAGGAAACUAUUGAAGUCAAAAUUAAAAUUAGAUUGUUCAAAAGUAAAAUCUCUUGGUAGUGGAAAUCCAUGGCUAUAUGCUUGUUUUCGCUCUGAGGAAGAAAGAAAAAAGGCUAUUUCAGUUCUAUCAGGAUACAAAUGGAAAGGCUCCAUUUUAACUGUGAAGACUGCUGAGCCUGCUCCUGAUCCUUUAAUCAAAAGAAGAUUAGAAGGUUCAAAUGAUUUUCCCAAUAAAAAGAUUAAAUUUGAAACGCCUGAAGAGCAAAAGGAAGCUUUACUUACAAGUGUGGCACCAAAAUGGAAUGUUCCUUAUGAAACUCAGGUCAAUAAUAAAUAUGAAAAUGCAAAAUCCCUACUUCUUCGUUUAGGAAUGGAAUUAGUCAGGGCUAAUCCUUUGCUAAAACAUUGGAUUGAGAAUCAGAAACAGUUAAAUGAAGGCCUACCUUGUAAAUUACUCAAUACAAGAUUUCUUGAAAAUGAACCCAAUUGUUACCGUAAUAAAUGCGAAUUUACGAUUGGAAAAGAUGGAGUCACCGGGGAAAGAAGAGUUGGUUUUAGACUUGGGAGCUAUGCUAGUGGAUCUCUAAGUGUUGGUCCUGUUGACGAUAUUCCUACUUUGCCUAAAGUCGUUAUUGAAUCUGCUAAGAUUUUCGAAAAGUUUGUACAAAAAUCUCAAUACGAAGUAUUUUCUCCAAAAGAUUUGAGUGGACAUUGGAAACAGUUAACUGUAAGGAUAGGGAUGGUUACAGGUGAAGUAAUGUUAAUUGUGGGAUUUCACCCUCAAAAUUUGAAUGCCGAAGAACUGUCUGCUCUCAAAGAAGAAAUAAAAGAGUUUUAUAAAUCUGGGUUAGGAUCAGAGUUCCAUGUCGAUUCACUGCACUUUCAAAUAAUGAAGAGGAAAGAGAAAGGAUCUCAAGGCUCAGAAUAUGAACUUCUUCUUGGGAAAGAAUGUAUUGAAGAAAUUUUAUGCGGACUUAAAUUCAAAAUUUCUCCUGCUUCCUUUUUUCAAAUUAAUACUCGUUGUGCUGAAGUUUUAAUAAACAGUGUUCAAGAGCUUUCAAACAUUGAUAAAGACACUGUUUUAGUUGAUGUUUGUUGUGGCACUGGAACUAUUGGACUUUGCUUAGCAAAAGAUUGCUGUCGUGUUCUUGGCAUUGAAAUUGUUGAACAAGCAGUGAAAGAUGCCAGAGAAAAUGCAGUUACAAAUCAAAUUAACAAUUGUGAAUUUUUCUGUGGUAAAGCUGAUGAAAUAUUAGAUUCUGUAAUGAGUAGGGUAAAAGAAAAUGAAAAGUGUGUAGCUAUUUUAGAUCCACCUAGAGCUGGUUUACACCCAAAAGCUAUUUUGAUGCUGAGGCGCCCGAAAAAUCUUCAAAGAAUUGUGUUUAUGUCCUGUGACGGUAACGCUGCAUUCAAAAAUUUUGUUGAACUUGGGAGGGACACUUCUAAAACGCUGAGUGGUGAUCCUUUCCUUCCUAUUGCAGCGGUUGCAGUUGAUAUGUUUCCUCAUACUGAUCAUUAUGAAUUAGUCAUAUAUUUUGAAAGAGUGGAUAGGGAAAAAUUACUGUCUCUCAGUAAAGAAAAAUAAAGAAAAUGUGUUUCUUACAAAUAAAGAAAAUUUGUAAAUAUUUGAAAUAUAAAAGUAUAUGGAUUGCUGAUAAAAAAAAAAAAAAGAGAGGCUUAUUCCCUGUUAAAAGAAUAUUUUUUGAUAAAUAUGACAGAAAUAUACUUUUUAUAUUUAUAACUGUGUUUGAUUGCCUAAAUCAUUGUUUUAAAUUAAAAUGCAGGUAGAUUUUUAAAUUUUUUUG